AUGCAGCGAGCUAAGCGGAAUAGAACUCGGGAGGGUGACGGUAGCACCAGGCGAUCGUUCACUUGCACCUAUGACGGUUGCGGUAAAUCUUUCUCGCGGUCUGAGCAUCUUCAUCGUCAUCAAAAGAACCAUACCGACGGGGAUGCAACCUGUCCGCGGUGCCGCGCCCACUUCAAGCGCCAGGACCUUCUAGAAAGGCAUAUGAACCGGCAUAAACAGAAGGAUGAAGAAGCUGGAGGCACAGGCGUCGGAACCUUGAAUACACGCAAGCGUAUGUGGAAAGACCAUGACGGACAGAUCGUCCAGAAGAAGCCAGUAGAACAGAACACCUCCUGUGGUAGUAGUAGCAGUAGUAGUGUGGGAGCGCCGUUCGUGCCCCAGGUAGAAGGUCCCAUUUCACCUCCCGUAUCAACUCAUAACUCAGACCACCAAAGCGACAACGAUCCCGCAGCACAUACGGCUUUCACUCAUAGCCACAGUCAUAGCCUUUUGCCAGAUUACGCGCUUACGACGGGGCAGUUCGACUCUCAUGGUAAUAGCGGGUAUUGGGUUGCGCCCGAGACAUCCCAGCCUCCCUUCUUCGACAUAAACUACGAUGAAGUAUUCCAGCCGGACACGGCAAGCUCGUUUAACAUGCCAUAUACGACACAAGUAAAUUAUGAUUGGCUUUUUAGUCUAGAUAACAAUGUCCCGAGCGCUGCCGUUUCGAAUACCCCGUAUGUUCCUACUACAUCCCUGGCUAUGCAUUCCGGCGUUCAACAUCAUGAACCUGUGAGCUCAAGUCAAGACAACCUCUCUCCAGGUAUUAGGACAUAUGACGGGGGGAUGACCGAGACCUCAUUGACACCCAUAGAAUCUCUCGACUGUAUGCCUUCUAGAGGGAGUACCCAAGAUUCGAUAAGUCCUGGUUCAUCAGGUAGAACCACCGUUAGCCUCUCGCCGGUACCGAAGCAAGCCCAUCGGGGACCCAAUGGCUUUGGAGAAGCACAAUUUGAGCGACCCCUGGCUACUAUUCAACCGCCGAACCGUCUACCGUAUAUAGACGACUACACGUAUAGCCAGAUCUUAGAGACGGUUAAGGCUGCAAGACCGUUAGCACCCAGUGGUUCCCUUCUCGACGUCAACCAUCCGCUCAUGUCACAGCUUUCGUUGCAAACCUACUUGGACCUAUACUUUAGCAGGUUCAAUACUGCAUAUCCAUUAAUACACCUGGCUACCUUUGAGCCAAGCCAAAAUAAAUCAUUGUUACUUUUAUCUAUGAUUCUACUCGGGGCUACUUACUCCGAGAAAGAGGCACACCAAUUUGCCGUCUGCAUACAUGAUGUAAUUCGUCCGGCGAUAUUUUCUCACGCGAGCUUUAACCCGAAACCAGACCUCUGGAUGCUUCAGACAAUCCUGUUAGUCGAAUGCUUCGGGAAGAGUAGAGCAGGCCAGAAGCAACACGACAUGAGCCACCUAUUUCACGGGAUGUUGAUCAAUCUGAUCAGGCGGUCUGACUGCCAGUCUGUCCGGCCAGUUCGCCCACAUGAAGAUGAUGAUAAGGGUAACUUGGUCGAUGACCGUCGCUGGAGACAAUGGGUAGAGGCUGAGGAGAAGAAAAGGCUGGCUCUUUUAUGCUUCAUGUGGGAUACCCAACACGCCGUCCUAUUCUGCCAAUCCCUCUGCAUGUCAGCCUUCGAGCUACGGGUCCCUCUACCCUGCAACCAAGCACUAUGGGAGGCAUCCACAGCCGCCGAAUGGUCACGUCUCUCAUUCUCCACAGCACCUGAGCCAAUGUACCUCCUCACAUUGAAGUCUUAUAUCACGCGCGAUACGCACCGUUGUCCUCGACUCAAUGGCCUAUCAAGAAUAUUCAUCCUCCACGGUUUAAUGUCCAUUUUCUGGGACAUGCGGCGGCGGGACCAGACUAGUCUCGGCGUUAUCUCUGCGCAGGGCGGCCGAUGGCAGAACCGUAUUGGACAGGCUUACCACGAGUGGAAAGUAGACUUUGACAACUUCUGUCUGCGUUUAUCCGACCUCACGUCCGUGGAAAUGAGAAAGGGUACCGUCGCCGAAAAUGCCAGAGUCGAACUCGACGUCUGGCGUACCGCGUACGUGGUCGUGUACCAUGCAGCUCAUACGCUUCUACAUUCGGAAUUCCUCGACAUACAAAUAUUUGCUGGGGCGCGACAUAUCCUCGGGCGGUCCGUCCAACGGAUCGACUUCAUCCGCUCAGAGAAGAUCGUAAAACGAUGGGCUAUGAGCCACACGAUCCCAAGUUCUGACAAUACUGACGGAUCUGCGAGCGCAGUGGCGGCAGUUUGGCACGCGGCCCAAUUACUCCAAAGUGCAUCACAGACGCUCGUCGAUUUCGACUCUAUGGGCCUUUUCCACGUACCGUGGUGUCUUUACUUAGCCACGUUGACGGUAUGGACAUUCCACCACACCGGCGCCAAAGGGCUUGGUUCCGGCCCCGAAGAUGAUAGUGAACUAGUAUGGGAUGCUCAAGCAGAGAUGCGGAUGCUUCUUGACUCGAUGGUAGAAGUGGGGAUUCAUGGUCUUCCCGAAAUACAAGGGCUGAAGCGGACAAGUGGUUUGGUGUGGGUUAUGGCAGAGGUAUUGAGUAAAGUUCGCUGGGGAAUCGUGCAUGCCGGCGUCACCGUGCUUAAAGGCUUGAUCCCGUGGAGGUUGAUAGGACAGUUUGAUGAUACUACUGUCUGA